UCGUUUAUAGGCGGACUUGUCCAUCGCUUAAUGUGUCCGCACGCCAGGAGGUCAGUGGCGAUAUAAUGUGUAAAUACGGACUUUCGGUUUAACUUUAAAUUUGAUGAAAAUAUAUAUAUUUUAGCAUUUGACAUGCUUAUAACCUACGAAAAUGAAAUACCAUGAAAACAAGAUACUGAUUCUGCAGUGAGGUUUACCAAACAAACAAAAAAAUCCAGUUAGGUGGAAAUGGAUGACGAUGGUCCAGACGAUGCAUUUGCUGAGCUCAAGACAAGGGAACUCCGAAGUUGGGAUGUUGCUCAAAUUGCAGCUGGAACUGGCCUCGCUGUUUACGCUAUGUGGAUAGGAGUCCUCCAGCCAGGCUUCAGGAAAGUCCCAUUGAGGUUACAGGUACCCUACAUACCUGCCAGUAGCGCCCAAGUGCGGAAUGUCAUGACAUUGCUUAGAGGUCGAAAAGGGGUCCUUGUGGAUUUAGGAUCUGGUGACGGUCGCAUUGUCUUGGAGGCACACCGGCAAGGCUUCACUUCUGCUGUUGGUUAUGAACUCAACCCCUGGCUUGUUCGCCUGGCCCGCUUCCAUGCGUGGAGAGCGGGUCGUCAUGACAGCGUGUCCUACCGAAGAGAAGAUUUAUGGAAGGUGGACUUGACAGAAUGCAAGAAUAUUACUGUGUUUUUAGCUCCUAGCGUGCUUUCGCCACUGCGUAAGAAGAUGGAGGCUGAGCUUCCUGAUGAUGCCUUGGUGGUAGCUGGCCGUUUCCCCAUACGUGACUGGACACCGUGCAGAACCGAGGGACAUGGUGUGGACAGAGCCUGGGCAUACAACGUGAAAGCACAAAGACUGCUCACUUCCAAUGAAAAUAACGAGCACAGAUGGGGAACUUAAUAUGAAAGAAAAAACAGACACCGCUUGAGUGAUCAUAGUAGGGUGCCCUCCCAACGAACGCACAUUUAUUAUGUAAAUGUGUUAUUUUAAGAACUUUUAACUGUCUGAAUGGUGUAUGGAGGGAUGGUUGUUAAUAAUGCAAUGAAUGCUUGUAUGUGUCAUAGUCAGUAACUAUGUUUCAUUAAAAAAAAAAAAAAAAAAGUGGCAGUGCUAAAAUAA